AUGGCGUCACUUGAGUCGGCGGUUCGUUUUCUGGCGCUAUGGGAUAUGGGAGUCGUGUAUACGCUCCUUCCCUUGCUGCGUAGGAAGCUUAUCUGGGCACCGGUUCCUCGCUCACUUGUUCUGUUCCAUGCGCUUUGGGCCCUCCACCCCGUCCUUGACCCAGUGGACUUCUUAUCGGAGAGCGAAGUGCAUCUCGUCAACCGACCGACCGACCGACCGACAGGCAGACGGACGGACGGACAGAUGGGCUGGUUCCAAAGUCCCGAGUUGCCACAAUGA